UCCUUGGCCAGUCAGAUAGCAGAGGGACAGAGUGGGUUUAAAAGGCGACUGUAGUGCAGCUGGGCUGACACCGAGGCUGAGACUGACACCAUCAUGAAGGCUUUCAUUCUUCUGGCUCUGUUCGCAGUGGCAUAUGCCGCUCCCAUUGAGGAUGACAAGAUUGUUGGAGGCUACGAGUGCAGGAAGAACUCUGUGCCCUACCAGGUCUCUCUGAGCUCUGGCUACCACUUCUGUGGAGGCUCCCUGAUCUCCAGCACCUGGGUGGUGUCUGCUGCUCACUGCUACAAGUCCCGCGUCCAGCUGCGUCUUGGUGAGCACAACAUUGCCGUCAAUGAGGGCACAGAGCAGUUCAUCAACUCUGCCAGGGUCAUCCGUCACCCCAGAUACAACAGCCGCAAUCUGGACAAUGACAUCAUGCUGAUCAAGCUCAGCAAGCCCGCCUCCCUGACCAGCUACGUCCGCACCGUGUCCCUGCCCUCCAGCUGUGCCAGCUCUGGCACCCGCUGUCUGAUCUCUGGAUGGGGCAACACCCUCAGCUCUGGAAACAACUACCCUGAUCGUCUGAGGUGCCUGGAUGUCCCCAUCCUGAGCGACAGCAGCUGCAGGUCUGCCUACCCUGGACAGAUCACCUCCAACAUGUUCUGUGCUGGAUACCUCGAGGGAGGCAAGGACUCCUGCCAGGGUGACUCUGGCGGCCCCGUGGUGUGCAAUGGUCAGCUACAGGGUGUGGUGUCCUGGGGUUAUGGCUGCGCCCAGAGGAACAAGCCUGGAGUCUACGCCAAGGUCUGCAACUACAACUCCUGGAUCCGCAGCACCAUGUCCUCCAACUAAAGUCACCACACAGACAUCUGUUAAAGGAUAGAAAACUGUAUAUUCCUUUGAAUAAAUAGAAAAACAAAGCUA